AUGCCGCAUAUCGGACAAGCCGUCAUUGGCAUCCUCACUCAUCUCGAGGAGACAGCAAACCGUCCGGUAAAGAUUAGCAGUGUUGAGACGACACAAAAUGAGAUAGUUGAGAUUUCCAAAAGCAUUGAUCCAACAGGGGAAUGGGAAGUCAAGCAUUCGAGAACUGAGGACUUAGAGAAGAUCGCUCACGAGAGAUGGAGCAAGGGGGACCACAGUGAAGAAGUGGUUGAAAUGUUCAUUAACCGUGCUUUCAUUGGCACAGAGGCUGGUUAUUUCCCUGUGACUGACAACAAACUGCUCGGCAUUGAACCGAUAGGCAGAGAGGGGCUAGAGCAGAUUAUCAAGACUGCUAUCAAAGGUUGA